AUGACGAGCAACCGUCAGCGCACCGCCAUCGUCCCUGCCGCCGUCAUGGCCUCAUGCCACCGCACCCGCGUGCUGCCCGAGCUCUUCCAGCACAUUGCACUCUUCCUGCCCUCGUCGCUGGACAUGGCCUCGUUCCUCAGCGCGCUGCCAGCGAGCCUGCGCACACCGGCGCUCGAGAGCCUGUACCAGCUCCACCGCGCCGUCGCCCAGAGCCGCCUCUACUUUCCCAAGUCGGACCCGACGUACCCGCGGCGCGUGCACCUCUGGCCCAACUUGGUGUUGCCGCGAUACAUUGCCGAGGCCGAGAUUGCCGUUUGGAUUGAAAAGGUCAUGGUGCUCUACCCGGUCGUCGAGGUGCAGCACGUGGCCGUGCCGCUACCGUACCCGCUGCUACCGACCACCAAGCUUGCGUUCGACUACCCGAUCUACCCGCACGAGCUCGAGCUAGUCCUGCGCCAUUGGAAGGACCGCGCGAUUUCAAUCCUGCUGCUCAUUUCCGACAAUGGGCAGCCGCACCGGGGCAUGACGAUGGACGCGACCAUCGACGUCAUCCUGCGCGCGCUGCAGUCGCUGCCCGCGCUGCGCCAGCUCGAGCUCUCGUGGUUUGGCGCGUCGAUGCCGCUGCGCUUUCCGCGCGUGCUCUACGCCAUGACGACAUCGCCGAUCACCAAGGUCGACUUUCGCGACUGCCAUGUCGAGUGGGACCAGGCCAUGGUCGUGACGCUUGCCCAUUGGCUUACGACCAAGCCGCUCGUGGCGCUG